AUGGGUGAGGUGACAGAAAUGCUCAAGCAGAUUUCCUUCCUCGAGCGGGAGAAAAAUGAAGCUGUUCUUGGAAUGGAACAAGCAGCAGAACACGGUCUCCUCCUGCUUCAACAAAAGUCCCAACUUCAACGCGAUCUAGCCCAGGCAAAUGAGCUGAACGGCAAAGCACUCAUGGAAAACGAGGAGCUUCGAGCCGAGCUUGAAUUGAAAAACGCAGAGCUGGAGCAAAUUCUCGAAUCAGCGCACGACAACCGUAGGAAUCAGAUGCUCACUUCGAUCGUCAACGAAGAGACGCUGCUUCAGGGGACGAUGGCGCUGGAAGACAAGCUCCAAAACGAGUUGAAAAGGGCGAGGGAUGAACUCUCAACCGCGCGGCAGCAGAAUCAUAAUGAUCGACAAGAGGUAGAAAGACUGACAAAAGUCAACAACAUCCUCAACUCUGACCUCGAGCGACUGGAAGCCAAAGUCGAUCCUCUCGUGAAGGCGCAAAAAGAAGCGAAAGAGGCGGAGAAACGGCUCAUUUCGGAUUUCAACGAAAUAGAAGAAGAAAACUGCCAGCUGCAGCGAAGCCUUGUUUAUUACAAGGAGCAACAGUUGGCGGUUGACGAGCUUCAACAUGCAAUUGCCAGGCUUGAGGAGGACUCGAGCUUUUGGAAAGCAAAGUCGGAAGAGGAAGAAUCAAUCAAAAAUGUGCUCCAAUCUCAGCUUGAAGAGUGUCUUACGAGUCUGGAAAGAGAGAGGGAAGAAAAAAUGGCCCUGAGGAGAGAGCUCAAUGAAAUUAAUAUUCCGUCUCCAAAGAGAAAUCAUCUCUUGAAUCCUGAAAAUGUCAUGCUUCCGGAUAGUCCCGGUAAAGACGGAGAUCAACAGCGAAUGAGCGACAAGAUCCAGCGAGUUGAAAUCGAAAAAGAAUGUUUACUGCGCGAGCUGGAAAACUCCUCAGAAAUGGAUAUGAUCAGGCAACGGGCCCAAGGUGAACUCGAACGCUUGAAACGGGAAAACUCUCGAUUGUCGGGGAGGAUCGCGCAACUCGAGCAAGACCAGCAUGAAAAUCGAAAGCAACAAGCGACAGCUGAUCACUUUGAAAAUCGCCUCUCAGAUCUCCAGAAACAAUUCAAUGUCGAAAAAGAAAGGGCGGAUAAUAAUGACAAGGAUGUCCUCAAAGCUAGGGAUCAUCUCGCUUCCGUAUCGGAACAAAUCGCGUCAAUGUACCAUCUACUCUGUCUCUCAAAGGGAACAGUUCCUGAACGAAUUCUUCUCCGCCGAACUGUGCAAAAUUGCAACCAGACACUGAACAAAAACGGCGCAGAAGAAAAAUCGGCCGAAGAUAUGCCUAAAGAUGCCCCCAAAGUUGAGGAUGAAAAACAGACUCAAUUGAAAUCGCCCUCAACAGUCGAAUCUAUCGCUGAAACGCUGAAUGAACAAGUCCGACUUAUAAAGUCGACGAUCAACGAUCAAAUGAACGAUUCGAAGUCUUCCAGCAGCUCGGACAAGGAAAACGCAGCGCCAGACGAGACCGAAGCCGACCGCGAUUCGGAGGUCAUCGGCCUAAAAGCGCUCAUUUCAUCGAAAAACGAACGAAUCGCCACUUUGCGAACUGUACUCAAAGCGAACAAAACUACUGCCGAAUCAGCGCUUGCAUCACUGCGUCAAAAAUACGAUGACGAGCGAGAAAUGGUCAACGAAACAAUGGCGAAGCUUCGAAGCGAACUUCGCACACUAAAAGAAGACGCAGCCGUCUUUGCUUCGCUGCGCUCCGUCUUCUCCGCCCGCUGCGACGAAUACGUCCUCCAGCUCGACGAGCUAACCCGACAGCUCAAGGCGGCGGAGGAAGAAAAGAAAACGCUCAAUCGAUUGCUCAGAAUGGCGAUUGAGCAAAAACUCGCUCUGACGCAGCAACUGGACGAUAUUAACUUUGAAGUUGAAACGCUGCGAAAUUCUAGUACAAAAAGAUGA